UCCAUUGUUGCUUGUGCUUUCCGUUUCUCUUUCGGGCGUGAAACUACCUGUUGCAGUUAGAACAGAUAUGGAAAAGCCGGGAUCCCGUUUCCACGUGGAGCCGGUGCAGAAUUCGGAGGGGGAAGAACCCCCUGGUCAGCCGCAGGUCAGUAUUUGCGUGAUGGACAGCAAUGACCAGACGGUGGCCAGCAAUUAUGACUCCCACAACGUCCGCAGCCUGCUGCAUUACACCCAGGAAGCCUUGCCUCGGCUUGACCACUAUAGGAAUGUCCACUCACUACAUGCCCAUUUUCCCAGGCCCACUUUGGACGAACUGCAUAACGGCAACAUCCCCUCAGCUGCAGAUCAGUAUUUCAGUCGUCGUUUGUCGAAAGCAUCUACUGAAAAACAAGCAGCUGUUAAGUUUGGUUGGAUUCAAGGUGUUCUUGUAAGAUGUCUACUAAACAUAUGGGGUGUUAUGCUUUUUCUUCGUCUGUCAUGGGUGGUUGGUCAAGCUGGAAUUGGCCUGGCUUGCCUUAUUAUUCUUCUUGCUACUGUGGUUACAAUUUUAACAACACUGUCUAUGUCUGCCAUUUGUACCAAUGGAGAGGUAAAGGGAGGAGGGACUUAUUAUAUGAUAUCUCGAAGUCUGGGACCUGAAUUUGGUGGUUCCAUUGGGUUCAUUUUUUCUGUGGCAAAUGCAGUAGCUGUUGCUAUGUAUGUAGUUGGAUUUGCUGAAACGCUGGUAGUUUUAUUGCAAAAUACUGAAAUGCCUCUAUUUGAAAAUCCAAUAAACAAUAUCAGAGUCAUCAGUUGCAUUACAGUUGUAGUUAUACUUGGAAUUGCCAUCGUGGGAACAGAAUGGGAAACAAAGGCUCAGAUAGUUUUAUUAAUAAUACUAUUGGUUGCUAUGGCUGACUUCUUGGCUGGAGCUGCCAUCUCCCCGGAUGAAGAGCAAUUGCUUAGAGGAUAUGUAGGCUGGAACAAGACAGUGUUCAUUGAAAACUUCAGUCCCCACUUUACCGAAGAUCAAGGAUUCUUCUCUGUCUUUGCUGUUUUCUUUCCUGCUGCAACUGGCAUACUUGCAGGUGCAAAUAUUUCAGGGGAUUUGAAAGACCCUCAGUCUGCUAUACCUAAAGGAACGCUUCUUGCCAUUUUGAUCACUACACUGUCUUAUCUCCUCUUUGUUGUGGUCUCUGGAAGUACGGUUCUCUUAAACUCGAAUGGAAACUCUACUUUCUUGGCUGAAGGAUCCUUUGACCUGCUCACAAACUGUUCUCUAUCAGAAAAUAAUAAAUGUGAAUUUGGUCUUCUAAAUGAUUAUCAAGUUAUGGAAAUGGUAUCAGCAUUCUCACCUAUAAUUUAUGCUGGAAUAUUUGCAGCUACUUUAUCAUCAGCUUUAGCUAGUCUUGUCAGUGCUCCAAAAAUAUUUCAGGCUCUUUGCAAAGAUAAAUUAUUUCCUGGUAUUCAUUUCUUUGCCAAAGGUUAUGGCAAAAACAAUGAACCAAGAAGAGGAUAUUUGCUGGCCUUUGCUCUUGCUCUGGGAUGUUGUGCAAUAGGUGAUUUGAAUCACAUAGCUCCUUUGAUAUCCAAUUUUUUUCUUGCUGCCUAUUGCUUAAUCAAUUUGUCAUGUUUCCAUGCCACUUUUGUUAAAGCUCCUGGUUUCCGUCCAGCUUUUAGAUUUUACAGUAUGUGGUUAGGAUUCAUUGGAGCCAUAUUAUGUCUUCUAGUCAUGUUUAUUAUUAACUGGGUCACUUCUCUGAUCACUUUUGCUGUGGUAUCUUUCCUCUAUCUGUGCAUAUACCAAAGAAAACCAGAUGUUAACUGGGGAUCAUCUACUCAAGCACAGACAUAUUCCUUAGCUUUGAAUGCUGUAAUGAAACUCAAUGAAGUUGCUGAUCAUGUUAAAAAUUACAGACCUCAGCUAUUAAUACUCACUGGUCAUCCAAGCCACCGUCCACCACUUGUUGAUUUUGGUUACACUGUUACCAAAAAACUAAGCUUGUUGAUCUGUGGAAAUGUUAUAACCAAAGAACAUUUGAACCACAAAGCCAGAACGGGCAUGCUAGAAAUGGGCCACAAGUAUUUGCGACACAGAGGAAUCAAAGCGUUUUACAGUGCUGUUGAAGAUACGUCUUUUUCUCGUGGAGUUGCUUCUCUAAUACAGGUCGCAGGAAUGGGCAAGUUAAGACCCAACAUGUUGUUGAUGGGUUAUAAGAACAAUUGGGAGACCUGUCCUCAUGAAGAAGUACAAGAAUAUUUUAACGUGAUACAUAUAGCCUUAGACAUGCACAUGUCAGUUGGCAUCUUGAGACUUCCGGAAGGAAUGGAUUACUCCAAAUAUGCCAUCCAAUUGGAAGAAUAUGCAAUGCUUUCAAAAAAGGAAAAGAAGAGAAGGAUGAAGGUGUCAUCCGAAUUCAUCGAUGAAGACGGGAUGCCCAGAAAUAAGUCCUGCUCAGAAUUAUCAGAAAUUUCCGUUGCUUCGUGCCCCAUGGACAGUUCACGGGAGAGUUCUCCACCUUCUUCUCCAACCACAGUCCGCUCCAUGAACGGCGGUGUAAGCCAGAACCCUCAAGGGCAGAUCAAUCUGGGAUACCUGAGCAGCCCCGACAACGGGGAUGGAGGCAGAAUUGUCUUCCCUUCCAUCCCAGACGAAAUAAAGCUGUCUGCCACACAGUUCCAGAGGAGACAGAAGAAAGGCUUUAUUGACGUUUGGUGGUUAUACGACGAUGGAGGACUGACAAUGCUGAUCCCUCACAUUCUAUCAACUCGCUCACAGUGGAGUGGAUGCAAGUUGAGGAUAUUUGCUCUGGCCAACAAAAAAGAUGAAUUGGAUAGAGAACAAAGAAACAUGGUAGCUUUACUCAAUAAAUUCAGAAUUGAUUAUUCUGAUGUUACUGUCAUACCAGAUAUUGUCAAACCUCCAGAAGAAUCCAGCAAGAAGGAAUUUGAAGCCCUUAUCACCAAGUGGCAGAGUGAUGGAACUGGCAACAAGUUUUUCAUUACAGAGUCAGAGCUAUAUGCUCUGAAGGAUAAGACUAAUCGACAUAUCCGAUUGUCAGAACUGCUCCAGAAGUAUUCAAAAAAUUCAUCCCUCAUUGUGAUGACUUUACCAAUGCCAAGGAAGAGCACCUGUUCUGCUGCUCUCUAUAUGGCUUGGUUGGAAACUCUUACCAAAGACAUGCCACCCUUUCUCCUCAUCAGGGGAAAUCAAACUAGUGUACUUACAUUUUACUCGUAGGACAAUGGUCACUCUGCAUGACCAGUGGCGAACAAUCCACUACAGAAUCAAUCAGUCAUACAGAUUUAUCAUUGGGGGAAAAAAUACUGACUUAUUUUUUAGUCCUUUGCUGGAAUUUCUUUCUUUUCCUUUUGUUGCUGAGGAUUUCUUAAAUCAUUGGUUUUGACCAGUAAAGUACCAUCAAAUUAAUGUACCUCUAGUGGUACUUGUACCGUAAGUUGAUAAACUUUGCACUAGACAUUGCGAAAAGAAAAAUUAAACACUUAUUAUUUAUCCAGAAAUAAUUAAUUUGGACAAACUGUUAAUAAUUAUAUUAUCGGUAGCAAUUAUUACAUUAUAACUUGUAACUAAUAAUACAAUAACUGCCUUAUCUAAUUAUAGAAUACAUAACUGAACACUGAUGCAUUUCCAUGAAGCAAAUAUAACAAUUUUUUAACAAUUUCUAAUUAUUUGAUUAUUAAUUAAUAUGAUAAAUCCAGUUAUUGAGUUUUUUCUUUUUAUAAUAGAGCUUUUAACAAAUAAAUUUUAAAUAACUAAUUAUUAAUUUUUAAUUCAUUUUAACUAAAAAUUGAACUUCAAAAUGAAUUUCUCAAUUAUUUUUUUUUCUUAGUCCUUACUCUUAUUUAUAAAGAUUUGUGGGUUGAAUAAAAUGGAUGCUAUGUAAAUAUACAUAUCUAAAAACUUAUAUUUAUGUACAAGAAAAAUUUUAUAGCAUAGUAUUAUUUUGAUUAAAUUUUAAUUAUUUUAUAUUAUCCUACAUUUUUUUUUCAAGUUUUGAGACUUAAUAAAAUUUUUCUGUUAUGGAAAUAAUGGAACCCCUUUGGAAAUGUAUUUUUUACAGAGCCAAGUACAGUUAGCAAACUGUACUAAAAGUGGAUUAUAGAAGAAAUUAGAGAGUUUGGAGAGUUUUUCUCUGUAUAUCAAAGGCAGAUGAUUGUUUAUCAUAUUGUUGGUUAAAAGUUUUGAAAGGUAAAUUGCAUUUGGUUGUUAAUGAUUAAGAAUGCUAUUUAAAUAUAUAAUUAAUGAUUAUAACUAUGCUCUGUAAAAAAAAUUGGGGGGUGCUGAAGUUGUAGUAUGCCUGUACAUGAAUCAGCCUUGGCUCUGUACUAAUUCCAAACUGUUUUGUUAAAAAUUAUUUUUCAAAUGAUUCUUACUUUUAAAAUCUGGCAAAUUAUGUAACAACAGUCCUAAUGAUAAGUGUGAAGGUUUUAAGGACGAAAACAAGCUUUUGUAUGUCUUGAAAAUUCAAAUUAAGAUUCAGUCGACCAGUAGCAUCUUGGUCUUACAAUUUGCUGGGUCAAUGCUGAAAGGGAGCACAAUUCAUCAGAAAAUUUGUACUGCAUUCCAUAUAUCUGUAAUGGCAAAGUACGUUUUCCAUUCCAUAGCGACAAAGAAAGUGUUGCUUCCUCUAAAAGUAAAAGUUUUCUAGAUGAAUAAAUUUGGAAUACAUAGACUGUUAUUUUUUAAACCUAUUGCUUUCUGAAAUGCUUUAUUUGAAUGCAUGUCAUUAUUAUCAAUUGUAGUUCCUGUGUGUAAAGAAUGAAGAAUUAUUUAGAUGCAGAAAGUUCAGAAUGCAUCAAUAAGUCAAUUAUUUCAUAAUCAUUACUCUAAUCAUCACGUGAAUGAGAAUUAAAGAUAUAAAAAAAUGUUCAUCAGUGAGACUCGGUAUUAAAUCUAUCAUUUACACUUAUGUAACUGAAACAUUGUAGUUUAUUAUACGUACAACAUCUGUUAUUCUUUUAAAAUUUCGCAUUCUAAUAUAUGAGAAUUUUUUUUUUUUUUUAAUUUUUGAGUUUUUGUUCUUUAUUUGAUGUUCAUAGUAAUUUAAGUGAAAGAUUAUUUUGAAUGAUACUUAUAUUUAUGAAUUAUACCUGUCAUAUAUCUUGAAAGACCAGAGUAAAUGAGGAUGUAAUUAUUUUUGCAUGUAACAAACCAAAACUUCUUUGUAUUAAAAACAAUUUGUCAAUAUUAAAAAAAAACAUUAUUUAACUUGUGGAACUUAACUAAUUAGAACAAUUUUAUUUUUAAUCUUUUUCUGGUUCUUUGAAUUUUUUGUUCACUUAGUGUUAAAAUAUCAUCUAUUUUGCUAAAUUAUUUUAAUUAUUUCAAAGACAAAUUAAACUUUAAUUUCUGAAUUACUUUAAUUGAAACUUUCUGUAUCUUGAGUUUGCAGAUAUCUUAAAGAA